AUGGAACCUUUCCUCAUAGUCUUCGAAAGCCUUGGAUUAACGGAUACUUUACAUGCACCGGAGCCGGCAACUUUCUCUUUACCUGGUGGUGCCAUCCUUUCCGGCAUUCCCUCUCAUGACUUCUUAGUCGAGCUUUUGUCUUUUGUCCGGUUAUAUGGUCUUCCAGACCAGUGCGUAAGGUGCCCAAAAGUCGAAUUUCUUGAUCUGAUCAUGGACCCCAAGUCCCCUAUUGCAGAGGAUCUUGGCGGGAGUACCCACGGAGCGGAGGACUAUAAUGAUACGGACGACAGACCCACUCACGAUCGACUAAAAGGAAAGUCGCCCGGAGAUAUUGGUUCAAAUCCAAUUCGUGAGAAAGCGAAAGCCGCAUUGAGGGAGUCAGCUUCAGUCUGGCCCACGGAUUGCGCCUAUAACAAGUUCUCCAAUGAGUUACGAGAAAUCCUUCUAUUCUGGGUGAAACCCUAUUACCAGACAGAAGAGGAGGAAGCUACUACUACCCCUUUUUUUUUAGUGCCCGUCUGCUUUCUGCCUGAAGCUUUCAAGCAGAGGAUGCCCACUAAACUGAAACUAAUCCCGUGCUCGCCUUUUGAAUCUUCAGUAGGGGAAGAGGACAACGUAGAACCCGAAAAAAAAGAGUUUUCAAUUUACAUCCGGGGAAGCAUAAAUGAUAGAUUCCCCAAGCCCAGUGAACCCGCACAAUCAUCUUUUCUGGAUGGAAAGAAGGGCUCAGACCCGGUUCAAUUCCUUUCCCUAUUGGGCGAGAAUCUUCAAACCUUUAUUGCGGGAAUACCCAUAGCAAAGGAAGAAGUUCUGAAAAGAGGAAAGGAACGUAGUUCUGCAACGAAGAACGGAGUGGAAUCCGUCCAGGAGUACGGCCAAACCCCCAAUGCGGAAGUAGGGAGGAAGUCCGAAGAGGAAUCAGAAUUGGCAUCUUGUUCAGAGAAACCAACAAAAGGGGAGAAGUUGGAUCAGAAACUAAAACCAUGCCAGCGCUACUGCUGUAGUGGGAGGCGAGGUCAACGGAAAAAGCUUCUCUUUGAUAGCGGUCAUAGGGGAGUUCAGAAAGAUCUGAUCGUAGAUAGAGACUUAAACGUGUGCGGGGGUAAGGGCGGAUGUAGCCAAGUGGAUCAAGGCAGUGGAUUGUGA